AGAGUUGCUCUGUUUUCCUCCAUUUCUCGAUUAGGGUUGGGUACUGCGAGGAAGAAGAAGAGGAAGGAGAAGAAAAAUUAAUGAGGGAAUAGCAAAAAUGGGGUUCUCAAUGCAGCCAUACGGGAUUCAGGCUAUGCUGAAAGAAGGGCACAAGCAUCUCUCUGGUCUUGAGGAGGCAGUUCUGAAGAAUAUUGAUGCUUGCAAGGAGCUCUCUGCUAUCACACGCACUUCUCUAGGCCCUAACGGUAUGAAUAAGAUGGUUAUAAAUCAUUUGGACAAGCUGUUUGUCACAAAUGAUGCUGCUAGUAUUGUAAAUGCGCUUGAGGUUCAACGCCCUGCUGCCAAGAUAUUGGUUCUGGCAGGGAAGGCUCAACAGGAAGAAAUUGGUGAUGGUGAUAAUUUGACUGUUUCGUUUUCUGGAGAGCUCCUCCAAAAUGCAGAGGAGCCUAAUUAGGACUGGCCUGCACCCAAGUGAGAUCAUCAGUGGAUAUACCAAAGCUAUAAACAAGACCGUUGAGAUUUUAGGUGAGCUAGUAGAGAAAGGUUCAGAAAGUAUGGAUGUCAGGGUUAAGGAGCAAGUUAUCACCAAAAUGAAAGCUGCUGUUGCUAGCAAGCAAUUUGGACAAGAAGAUGUUUUAUGUUCCCUUAUAGCUGAUGCAUGUAUCCAAGUUUGCCCCAAGAACCCAGCAAAUUUUGAUGUUGAUAAUGUGCAUGUUGUAAAGCUCUUGGGAGGAGGUCUGCAUAACAGCACAAUAGUUUGGGGUAUGGUUUUGAAAAAUGAUGCAGUGGGAAGUAUAAAGCGAAUUGAGAAGGCAAAGGUAGCUGUGUUUGUUAGUGGGGUUGAUACCUCAGCUACUGAAACAAAAGGAACUGUCUUAAUCCACAGUGCUGAACAGAUUGGAUCAGUAUGCUGUGGCUAAAUUUACUGAAAGUUUUGAAAUGAUACCAAGAAACCUGGCAGAGAAUGCUGGGCUUAAUACUAUGGAUAUCAUAUCAAAGCUGUAUGAGAAACAUGCAUGUUGAAAUGCCAAAGUAGGUGUUGACUUGGGGGCUGGUGACAGGUGAAGAUGUUUGUAAGGAUGUGUCAGUCAUGAAUGUUUGGGUUCUCUAUGUCACUAAGUAAGCUUCUUUUGACGCCAAAUAUUUUCCUUCAAUCUCAGGAAUUCUAAUUAUUCCUCUCUUGGAGAUAAACUGAUAUUUUCUCUCAAGUGUGGAUAUGAUGCUUCUAACACUUUGGGAUCAUGCUUUUUAUUUGCUGUAAACAAGGCUGUCAUAGAUGUCAAAGAUAGUUAUUGCAUCUGUAUUAAGUUUAUGGUAAAUUGUAAGAUCUGGUUAUUGUUUUGAGAAAUUUGAACUUUGCCAAUUCAUGAACUGUUUUUAACUUUUUCCAUUUUUAAAAUAUUCUUCUGUCCUUUUUGGACCGUGGGAUGUGGCGGUGGGUUUCUAUGUUGAGCAAUAUGAGAUACCAUUGGUGACCCUCACAGAGUCACAGUUGCCUUUAAUUGCUUGCACUGAUUUUCCGAUGGUGGUUGAUAGGGGAUUAGUUAACUGUUU